AUGACCCGAAGCUGCAGACCCUCCAGCCCUGCCCUCGCCCCAGUGCUGCUGGCUGUGCUGCUGGGCGGUGCAGCCCGGGCCGCGGAGAUAGUGGGCGGGCGGGAAGCCCAGCCCCACUCGCGCCCUCACAUGGCGUCGCUGCAGCUGUUCCCCAGCAACCACUUCUGCGGGGGGACCUUGAUCCACCCGCGCUUCGUGCUGACCGCAGCCCACUGCCUGAGCAACUUGAACCCGUUGUGGGUGAGCGUGGUGCUCAGGGCCCACCGCCUGCAGACCUCCGAGCCCACCGAGCAGAGGUUCGGCAUCAGCCGCCUGUUUGAGAACAAUUACGACCCACAGGAGAAGCUGAAUGACGUCCUCCUCCUGCAGCUGGACCGCCCGGCCACCCUCAACGCCCAGGUUGCGGUGGCCCAGCUCCCUCAGCAGAACCAGCUGCUGCCCCACGGCACCCAGUGCCUGGCCAUGGGCUGGGGCCGCCUGGGCACCUUUGAGCCACCGUCCCAGGUCCUGCAGGAGCUCAACGUCACCGUGGUCACUUUCCUGUGCCAGCCACAGAACGUGUGCACCUUUGUGCCCCAACGCAGCGCUGGCAUCUGUUUUGGGGACUCGGGCGGCCCCUUGGUCUGCGACGGUGUCAUCCAGGGCGUGGACUCCUUUGUGAUCCGGGGAUGCGCCACCAACCAGUACCCCGACUUCUUUGCUCGCGUCUCCCUCUACGUAGACUGGAUCCGCUCGGUGCUGAGCAACGCGGGGGGCGAGGACAGCCCCUGA